CCUUUGACUUUCCAUGGCAAGCUCAGGUCUGCGUCCAUGGCUGGCAGCGACGAGGUGCCUCAAAAAAACUGCUUUGCACCCCUCCAGACAGCCUGUACGUUAUGCUGUAACAUCCUUCAGCAACAAUGAGCCUUUAAAAUCUGUGGAAGACUGGCGAAGAUUUCAGGAGGACCGGGCGGAAUUCAAAAUGCUCAUGGAAUACAUGGGCCAAUAUGGCUCCUCUCAAACGCGAGACAACGUCUUUCAGCCUCACCAUAGUUUGCACAAACCGUUAGCACCGUCAGAGGCAACUCUCUCGGCCUUGAUAGCAGCUGGCGCUCAUUUGGGACAUUCAAAGUCAUUAAUGAACCCCAAUUUCAUGCCAUAUGCAUACGGAGUACGUGCAGGCAUUACAAUCAUCGAUCUCGAUCACACUCUCCCACUUCUGCGAAGGGCAGCCAAUUUGGUGCGGGCAAUCGUGUCGAGGGAUGGUACCGUAGUCUUUGUGGGCACGCGACCGGACCUUCGCGUCACGGUGCGGAAGGCAGCAGAAAGGAUUGGCCCACAGGCUUUUCAUGUUGGAGAGCGAUGGCUCCCAGGAACUUUGACGAACAAACUACAAAUGUUUGGGCCUGAAGUCUCAAAGGAACAGCGCAUCGCUCCCGACCUUGCCAUUUUCCUCAACCCGCUUUCAAACAUGCACGCCAUCCGAGAGUGUGCAAUUCAGCAUGUUCCGACGAUUGGUAUCGUGGAUACAAAUGUGGAUCCACGUAUCGUCAUGUACCCCAUUCCGGCAAAUGACGAACAUCCUCGUACCGCUGAGCUCAUUGCAGGAAUUCUUAGUGUGGCUGGUAGAGAAGGUAGACUUAUCCAUGAGCAAGAAACACAGAGAAGGGCGCAAGCUAAUGAGAGAUUCAAGAGAGGCAGGGAGAAGAAUGCCGCAAAGGUUUCGACAGUACACGAUUAAUGUUCAUUAUACAUUUAUAUAAUCUCUCUAUCUACUUU